GUGCUCAGACCUUUAGAUAGCUCAUUUAUUUGUUGUGUGGUGGGGACACAAGGCCACGACACGAAUACAUCUUGCACUUGACAGUCAACCUCGCCUAUUUACAACAUUUGUAUACAGAGUUAGAUAAACUUCAUUCAUUGUUGGUCACUAUUUUGUAGUAAAAAAAAAAAUAUGGCUACCAUGUUGUCUCGAACGAUUUCAUUAGCAGAGAGUAUUACUCGAUAUAAUGGAACCAAGAUUUUAGCCUGCACAACUGAUGUAUCGAAGCAGCAGAAAAGAAAUUUGAAUGUGCACGAACAUAUUAGCUACAGUCUUUUGAAUGAAGCUGGAAUUCCUACACCUAAAUUUGGAGUGGCCAAAUCUCCAGAAGAAGCAUCAAAAAUUGCUGCCAACCUACAAACUAAAGAUAUAGUUUUAAAAGCUCAGGUCCUUGCUGGAGGACGUGGCAAAGGCCAUUUCAAAGGUACCAACGUUAGUGGCGUGAAGAUGUGCGAAACACCAGAAGAAGCCAGAGUCCUAGCCAAGAGUAUGUUAGGGAAGUUAUUAAUAACGAAGCAAACUGGAGAAGCUGGUAGAAUUUGCAACUCUGUGAUGAUUACGCAACGAAAGUUUCCUCGUAAAGAAUACUAUUUAGCUGUUAUGAUGGAAAGAGCAUUUGGUGGUCCAGUUAUAAUUGCAUCAAGUCAAGGAGGAGUUAAUAUCGAGGAAGUUGCUGCCACAAACCCGGACGCCAUAAUGUAUGAACCUAUUGAUAUAGAAAAGGGAAUUACAAAAGAACAAGCAGAUAAAAUUGUUACUAAAUUAGGCCUUGAUAAUGUUAAGGAUUCAAUUUCUAAGAUGAUAAUGAACCUUUAUGAAAUGUUUCUUAAAAAAGAUGCUCUUUUACUUGAAGUUAAUCCUCUCGCAGAAGAUAUCAAUGGAGAAUAUUUUGCUUUGGAUUGCAAGUGUAGAUUUGACGAUAAUGCUGAAUUUAGACAAAAAAAUCUAUUCGGUUUACGAGAUUGGUCUCAAGAGGACCCUAAAGAAGUUGAAGCAGCAAAAUUUGAUUUGAAUUACAUUGCACUAGAUGGUAACAUUGGUUGUAUGGUUAAUGGAGCCGGGCUAGCUAUGGCUACUAUGGACAUCAUAAAACUGCAUGGAGGAGAACCUGCAAAUUUCUUAGAUGUUGGUGGUGGCGCAACAGCUUCUGCUGUUAAAGAAGCGUUUAAAAUAAUCACAUCAGAUCCGAGAGUUGAUGCUCUUUUAGUUAAUAUCUUUGGUGGAAUCAUGAGAUGUGAUGUUAUUGCUGAAGGUAUUAUUGCAGCGACCAAAGAACUUGAUCUCAGAAUUCCAGUUGUAGUUAGACUGCAGGGAACUAAUGUCGAUGAAGCUAAAGCUCUCAUAGCCAAUGCUGGACUAAAAAUUGUUCCAGUUGAUGACCUUGAUGAGGCUGCAAGAGUAGCUGUGAAAUUAUCAACUAUCGUGAAAAUAGCUGCUUCCGCAAAAGUAGGCGUUAAUUUUGAAUUACAUUCAAUUUCAUAAAUCUAGAUUCAAUUGUAAAACGUGAUUUACAUUUUACUACGUUUAAAAUAAACCUAUUGAAUUAGACAAUUAAUCCGAACAAAAUGUAUCAAUUACUUAGAAAAGAAAAACUACUAUUCAAAUGCACUAGUGUUUAUGUUACACUUGAGAACGUACUAAAAGUUUGUAUGAUACAUUUUUGCUUAAUUUUUUUGUUAAAGCAAGCUUCGUCAAAUACAAAUAUUCGUUUAAUAUUAAAAUGCCAGCAAUAUACAUGAAGGUUGAAUUAAACUGUUUAUUAGCUAAUUGUGUAAGUGAUCUUCAGUAAUAAGAAUUUUAUUCACAUUAUAUUGGUAAUACGUUUUGUAUCAAUAUAUUGUUUAUUUUAAGUGUAUAAACAAAGUAGUUCAGUAUUAAAAAUUAAAUUAUUUUCGGCGUCCUUUGUUACUGUUAGACAUAAAACGUAUUUAGUAAAGCAAAUCAAUAAAUCAAAACUAUGCUUUCUUUUUCGUCUCUAAAAUGAGUGUCUGUCAACUACAACAAAUGUAAAUCUGAUGACUCAACUUUUAACAGUAAACGUUUUCUCUAAAUUAUUAAUUUGCACUUCGAAAUUUCUAUUUGUUGCAUUAUGUUAAAUAUUGAGACGUACAUAAAUUAUUUUAUAUAUUUUUA